AUGUUCGCUGCCCUUGGCUACUGUCGAUUUGUCGUUCCUUGGGCUUCCUUGUAUUGCAUAUGCCAUCGGAGGUCACUGAUCUCCCUCAAGUUUGCGACUUUCUUCACAUCUUGCAAUAGCUUGGUUAAUAUUGUUGGAGCAUCGUGUAGGCGACAUGACAUGCUUAGAGAUCAACUACAAAAGGAUAUUACAGAAGCUCUUGAAAAUGGUAAUCUUCCAAUAGGGCGAGGCUUAAAUCAAGAAUUUUCUCUUAAGCUUGCCGGUGAUACAAGUUGGAACUCACAUUAUAGUGCAUUACCUAGUAUCAUUUCCAUGUUCAAAUCUAUGGUGAAAGUGCUUAAAUUGAUUAUUGAGGAUGGCUGUGUAAGUCUUCUAAGCUAUUAUAACUUGAACACUAACCUUGUUCUGCCAUUGAAGUCUUCUGUCGAACACAUGGGGAGCAGCUCUUCUCUAAGAUAA